GUGUCACUCUGUUUUAAGUGGACACUAGCAGAUGCCGUUUCACCCAAACACGAUGCGUAACAAAGCAGGUGCUCAAAUUGCAAAAUCAUUCGAUGCCCAGAAAUACCUGAAGAGAGUUGGAUUAGGUAAAGAGGAUUAUCACUUCUGGAAACAAGUAGGAAAAGCUUUGCUCUGUACUUACACUCUGUUUGGGGUGAUGUGGGUGUGGAAUGAAACUUCACCGCUUGGUUGGUGGACAUUAAAGCCACGUCCAAAAGAAGAAAAAGAACUAGCACAUCUUUACGAACGCCGCAAAUUUCCAUAUCCAGGUGAUGAGAAGGCUAUGGAAGAGUUUGUUGCUAAAGGUGGGAUGAUUGGUACUACUAUUGGUCCAAAGGGAGUGAUUGAAUCUGAUAAAGAUUCGUAUAAUUAUCAGAAAGCAUUGCAGGAUAAGAAAGUUGAUCAAGAAGCGUUCAAGCUGUGGACGAGGAUGAGGAAUGAGGUUAUUUCUGAGCUUCAAGAGAAAGGGUUUGAUGUAGAGUGAAUGAAUAUAGCUAACUACUGUUAUUGGUUUUAUAACUCUAAUGCCUAUACCCGAAUUACGUUUUUUUUCGUCUUGCAAAUUUAUUAUGUAUUGUGGAUUCUGUAGUUGGAUGUUUUAUUUUAUGGAAUUAUGGAUUAAGGUUUUGGCUAUUUUAGCUCAA